AUGGCAACCGGGUUUUAUACGGGCUCUGAUGUUGCUCAUGGCAUCGACGUCGAGAACCGGCCUCCCAGUAGAGAAUCAGGCGUUGUCUCCUCAGCGAAAAAGACGUGUCGGGUUUGUGGAGAUGAAAUUGGAUUAGUGAAGGAUGGAGAGGUGUUUGUGGCUUGCCACCAUUGUGGUUUUCCAGUUUGCAGGCCUUGUUAUGAUUACGAGAGAAGCGAUGGAAACCAGUGUUGUCCUCAGUGUCACACUCGCUAUAAGCGCCAUAAAGGCUGCCCCAGAGUUGCAGGAGACGACGACGACGAUUAUAAUUUUGAUGAUGAUUUUGAGGAUGAAUUUCAGAUCAAAAUUCAUCCAAACACUACGAAUGAUAUUCACUCUCAGGAAAAUGGUGAAUAUAAUCAGCAGAAUUUGCACGCAAAUGGUGUUGCAACUCACUCAGUUGCUGGAAGUGUUGCACCUGGAAAGGAAGAAUUGGAAGAUGAUCAGAAGGAGACAUACAGCAGCUCGGAAUGGAAAGAAAGAGUGGACAAAUGGAAAACCAGGCAAGAAAAGAGAGGCCUAGUUUCCAAAUUCGACAAUGAAGGAAAUGACCCAAAUGGCGACGAAGAUUACGAUUUCAUAAUGGCUGAAGCAAGGCAACCACUCUGGCGAAAAAUCCCUGUUUCUUCAAGCCUAAUCAACCCGUACCGGAUAGUGAUUAUCCUCAGGCUAGUAAUUCUCUGUUUUUUCUUCCAUUUCCGGAUCUUAACCCCAGCCUACGACGCCUUCCCUCUAUGGAUCAUGUCCGUAAUCUGCGAAAUCUGGUUCGGGUUAUCAUGGAUUCUGGAUCAGUUCCCAAAAUGGUCUCCAAUCAACAGGGAAACUUACCUGGAUCGUCUUUCCCUGAGAUUCGAAAGGGAAGGGGAACCAAACAAAUUAAGCCCAGUUGAUGUUUUUGUUAGCACAGUUGAUCCUCUGAAAGAACCCCCAAUUAUCACCGCAAACACCGUCUUGUCCAUUCUGGCAGCUGAUUAUCCCGUGGAUAAAGUCAGCUGCUACGUAUCAGAUGACGGUGCUUCCAUGCUCCUGUUUGAUUCGUUGUCGGAAACCGCCGAGUUCGCCCGGAGGUGGGUUCCGUUUUGCAAGAAGUACAACGUAGAGCCUCGAGCCCCGGAGUUCUACUUCUCCGAGAAAAUCGAUUAUUUGAAGGAUAAAGUGCAGCCCACAUUUGUCAAGGAUCGAAGAGCCAUGAAGAGAGAAUAUGAAGAAUUCAAAGUGAAAAUCAAUGCAUUGGUUGCUAAAGCUCAGAAGAAACCCGAAGAAGGAUGGGUUAUGCAAGAUGGCACUCCCUGGCCUGGAAAUAACACCCGCGACCAUCCUGGAAUGAUUCAGGUGUAUUUGGGGAGUGAAGGUGCGCUUGAUGUAGAAGGCAAGGAGCUGCCUAGACUGGUGUAUGUGUCCCGAGAGAAGCGACCCGGCUAUCAGCAUCAUAAGAAAGCCGGUGCCGAGAACGCCCUGGUUCGUGUUUCUGCCGUGCUGACAAACGCUCCGUUCAUAUUGAACUUGGAUUGUGAUCACUACCUCAACAACAGUAAGGCCAUUCGCGAAAGCAUGUGCUUUCUAAUGGAUCCUCAUGUCGGGAAGAAGCUUUGCUACGUUCAGUUCCCACAGAGGUUUGAUGGUAUUGAUAGGCACGAUCGUUAUGCCAAUCGCAAUGUCGUCUUCUUUGAUAUCAAUAUGAAAGGCUUGGACGGUAUUCAAGGGCCUGUUUAUGUCGGAACCGGAUGUGUGUUCAACAGGCAGGCAUUGUACGGCUAUGAUCCGCCAGUAUCUGCUAAGCGGCCGAAGAUGACUUGUGACUGUUGGCCAAGAUGGUGCUGUUGUUGCUGUGGGGGUUCAAGAAAGUCAAAGUCCAAAAAGAAGCUCACUUCUCUGUUCUCCUCCAUUGAGGGACGCUUCAGCAAGAAGAAGAAAAUGAUGAAUGGAAAGAACUACACUAGGAAAUCAUCGUCGUCAGGACCUGUUUUUGAUCUUGAAGAGAUUGAAGAAGGCCUUGAAGGAUACGAUGAGCUUGAGAAAUCAUCCUUGAUGUCACAGAAAAACUUUGAAAAGCGGUUCGGACAAUCGCCUGUUUUCAUUGCUUCUACCCUCAUGGAAGAAGGUGGCCUCCCCGAAGGGACUAAUCCUACUUCACUCAUCAAAGAAGCCAUUCACGUCAUCAGCUGUGGAUAUGAAGAAAAAACUGAGUGGGGCAAAGAAAUUGGGUGGAUAUAUGGUUCGGUGACGGAAGAUAUUUUGACGGGUUUCAAGAUGCAUUGCAGAGGAUGGAGAUCAGUGUAUUGUUCACCAAAAAGACCAGCUUUCAAAGGAUCAGCUCCAAUCAAUCUGUCAGAUAGGUUGCACCAAGUUCUGAGAUGGGCUCUAGGUUCUGUUGAAAUCUUCCUCAGUAGACAUUGUCCACUUUGGUAUGGAUAUGGAGGAAAGCUGAAAUGGCUACAAAGGCUUGCUUAUAUUAACACCAUUGUUUACCCAUUCACAUCCAUAGCUCUAAUUGCCUACUGCACACUUCCAGCUGUGUGCCUUCUCACUGGAAAAUUCAUUGUCCCAACUCUGAAUAAUCUUGCCAGCAUAUGGUUCAUUGCUCUUUUCAUGUCCAUCAUAUUGACAAGUGUGCUUGAGCUGAGAUGGAGUGGAGUUAGCAUUGAGGAUUGGUGGAGAAAUGAGCAGUUUUGGGUCAUCGGUGGUGUAUCGGCUCACCUUUUCGCCGUCUUCCAAGGACUACUUAAGGUACUUGGUGGAGUGGACACCAAUUUCACCGUAACUGCAAAAGCUGCUGAUGAUGCUGAGUUUGGAGAACUCUACCUGUUUAAAUGGACAACCCUUCUCAUCCCACCUACAACUUUGAUCAUCUUGAACAUGGUUGGUGUGGUGGCUGGAGUUUCAGAUGCCAUUAACAAUGGAUAUGGAUCUUGGGGUCCUCUUUUUGGGAAGCUGUUCUUUGCAUUUUGGGUCAUUGUGCAUCUGUACCCUUUCCUGAAAGGUUUGAUGGGAAGGCAGAACAGGACUCCAACCAUUGUGGUCCUUUGGUCCAUACUCUUAGCAUCAAUUUUCUCACUGGUUUGGGUCAGAAUUGAUCCUUUCUUGCCUAAGCAAACUGGCCCUAUACUGAAGCAAUGUGGAGUUGAGUGCUAG